AAUUUUUAAAAAAAAAUUAGAGAAACUGUAUAGCAUAGUUAAGAGCACAGAGCCAGGCUGCCUGUGUUCAAACCCUAAGGCUGCCAAUUAUCAGGUGGGUGACAAGGCAACUUACUUAACCUUUUUACCCUCAGUUCCUCAUCUUUAUGGUUGUGAUUAUUAAAUGAAUUAAUACACAUAAAAUGUGUAGAACAGUACUGGGCACGUAGUAUGGGUUUGGCAUAUAAUGUGUGUUUAAUAUGCCCUUUCUUGUGAUAUAAUCUCUAUUACGUGCCCACGUAAACAUAGGUGAAUUUUUUCUUUUUGGUCUUUCUGUUCCAUGGUCUUUUUGUUCCUGUAUUCAUACCACACUUUGUUAUUACUCCAACCCUGUAAUAUGAUAUGUCUUAAUAACCUGAUGGUUUAGGUGGGUUUCUUCCUCCUCCUUUCCUGUUCCUCACAGUUUUCCUAACCUAUUCAUGGACCUUUAUAUUUCCAUAUACAGUUCCUUAAAGAACUCCUGGUUUUGACUGGUAUUGCAUUGCAGUUACAGACUUCUAUUAGAAAUGAAGUCUUUCUAUUUAAGUCUUCUUUCACAUCCUAUAAUAGAGCUUUCGGUUUUUCCUCCAAAAUGUCUUAUACAUUCUUUUUUAAAGUUAAUUCCUGGAUAUUUUAUGGUUUUUCUGUACUUUUCUUACUUCUGUAAAUGACAUCUUAUUUUCUUUGUAUUUGCUAGUUGGUUAUUGUUGGUUAUUGAUACUCGUGUGUUAACCCUGUAUCUAGCAACAUUGCUGUACUCCUUUUAUUUCUCACAUUUUGUCUAUUUUUUAAAAAAUAUUUAUUUUGGUGUGCUGGGUCUUAGUUGCGGCAUGCAGGCUCUUCAUUGCUGCGUGCGGGAUCUUUAUUGCGGCGUGCGGGACCUUUAGUUGCGGUGUGCGGGAUCUUUAGUUGCAGCAUGCCUGUGGGAUCUAGUUCCCCGACCAGGGAUCGAACCAAGGCCCCCAGCAUUGGGAGCAUGGAGUCUUAGCCACUGGACCACCAGGGAAGUCCCGCUAACAUUUUGUCUAUUGCUUUGCUGUGUUUCCUAUGUAAAUGAUCACAUCAUCUGAAAAUAAUGACAAUUUAAUCUCUUCUUUCAUUCCUUUUACCUCAUUUCUUUUUUUUCUUUAUUGCUUUAGCCAGGAUCUUAAAAUCCUUGAUGUAGUGGGUUUCCUUGUCUUGUUUGUGACCAAAAAAGAGGAUGUGGCUAAAGUUUCUUUAUUAAUUUAGCUAUAGGUUUUUGGUAAAUAACCUUUCAUAGCAUUUAUCAACUUAAAUUCCUUUUUAUCCCCUGGUCUGUUUCCCCCCUACCAUCUUCAGCAUUUGUAAACUGUUCUUUCUGCAUGGCCUGCGCCCUGCCCACCAACAGCUGUAGAUAAGCUUGGUAACUGCUCUCUAAGGCUCUGUUGUCCUUUUAGGACUCUCUCUGCUUCUCCUGCUUCUCUUCUUCAGGCCCAGGUUAGAUCUGCAAUUUUUCCAGCGGUUCCUGCAGAUACAGAAGGUUUUGUUUCCCUCUUGGUCAUCACAGAAUGCCUUGAUGUUCCUGACCCUUUUGUGUGUGGCCCUACUGGCCUAGUGUGAUGCCUCUCCAGUGCCCAGUGGGACUUAGCCACCAGGAAGCAGGAACCAAGCUGUGGCUGAAGAGCUUUGACCAGUUCACCUGCAACCUGCUGUAUGUGAGCUGGAGGAAGGACCUCACCGAGCACCUCCACCGCCUCUACUUCCGGGGCCGCGUGUACUACACCCUCAACGUGCUGCGGGAUGACAUCGAUAACCCGGACCAGCGCAUCAGCCAGGACGUGGAGCGGUUCUGCCGGCAGCUCAGCAGCAUGGCCAGCAAGCUGAUCAUCUCCCCCUUCACCCUCGUCUACUACACCUAUCAGUGCUUCCAGAGCACCGGCUGGCUCGGGCCUGUGAGCAUCUUUGGGUAUUUCAUUCUGGGAACCGUGGUGAACAAAAUGUUGAUGGGUCCCAUUGUGGCAAAGCUGGUGCAGCAGGAGAAGCUGGAGGGGGAUUUCAGGUUCAAGCACAUGCAGAUCCGGGUGAAUGCUGAGGCUGCUGCUUUUUUCAGAGCUGGGCAUGUGGAGCACAUGAGGACAGACCGCAGGCUGCAGAGACUCCUUCAGACCCAGAGGGAGCUGAUGUCCAAGGAGCUCUGGCUGUACAUUGGCGUCAACAUGUUUGACUAUCUGGGCAGCAUCCUGAGUUACGUCGUGAUCUCAAUCCCCAUUUUCAGCGGCGUCUACGGAGACCUGAGCCCCACAGAGCUCAGCACCCUGGUCAGCAAGAACGCCUUUGUGUGCAUGUACCUCAUCAGCUGCUUCACCCGGCUCAUCGAUCUCUCCACCACGCUCUCCGAUGUGGCAGGCUACACACACAGGAUCGGGGAGCUUCAGGAGACCCUGCUGGACAUGACCCUGAAGUCGCAGGAUGGGGAGAUCCUGGACGAGAGUGAGUGGGACUUGGCCAGGGCCCCGGGAUGGCCAGCAACAGAGCGAACAGAUACAGCUUUUCUCCUUGAGCGGGUCUGCAUCUCCGCCCCCUCCUCUAACAAACCCUUAAUCAAAGAUCUGAGCCUGAAGAUCUCUGAGGGACAGAGCUUGCUUAUCACAGGCAACACGGGCACCGGCAAGACCUCCUUGCUCCGGGUUCUGGGUGGCCUCUGGGCAAGCACAUGGGGCUCAGUGCAGAUGCUGACAGACUUUGGACCCCACGGGGUGCUCUUCCUGCCACAAAAGCCAUUCUUCACUGAUGGGACCCUUCGGGAGCAGGUGAUAUAUCCCUUGAAGGAGAUCUACCCGGACUCAGGUGCUGCUGAUGAUGAGAGGAUCAUGAGGUUCCUGGAGUUGGCAGGCCUGUCCAGCUUGGUGGCAAGGACAGAGGGUCUGGACCAGCAGGUCGAUUGGAACUGGUAUGAUGUUCUGUCCCCAGGAGAGAUGCAGAGGCUCUCCUUUGCCCGGCUCUUCUACCUGCAGCCGAAGUACGCAGUGCUCGAUGAAGCCACCAGUGCCCUGACCGAGGAGGUGGAGAGCGAGCUCUGCCGCAUCGGCCAGCAGCUGGGCAUGACGUUCAUCAGCGUGGGCCAUCGGCGCAGCCUUGAGAAGUUUCACUCCUUGGUUCUGAAACUCUGUGGAGAAGGAAGGUGGGAGCUGACCAGAAUCAAAGUGGAAUGAAGCCAAGGCUGACCACCGGCAGGAGAGCCGAGCCCAGGAGGUCGAGUCCCCAGGAGAGACCAGGAGGGCUGAUGGGGCAGGGAAGGAGCUCCAGGCUUGCCUCACAGGUCCGGUGUGGGGAACACCAGCAGCAGUGGGCUCGGCCCGCGUGUGGCCCCGCACAGGACGCCCACCCUGCCAGGGUGCCUCCUGCUGCCGCAGCCAGAGCUUCGUGCGCCUGAAGUGCUGAUUACUGACGUGUAACCUCGGAUCGUGUUUUCUAAAGAAAACCUGACAGUGUGGGAUCUAUAAGAAAUGAAGGGUCAAAAUGGAGAGUGUAUUGGACUUGGAGUCAAGAGAUCCAGAAAUCUUUUAGAAUAUAUCAGUUUUGCAACUGUAGAUUUUUAACUUUAAUCAACUAUUUAAAUUUUAUAAC